GAGACUAGUAGUGGAUCACUGUGAAACAUUGUGCAAGAGCCUAGAUUUAUGAUUUCAUUGUUUUUGACGAAAGUUUAUGAACCACUUGACAUUAUUAUUUUACAAGGGACUAAAUUAAAGGUCACAUGCUCUAUCUGUCUCCUAUGAGUAAUUUUCGAUGUCAUGUGAUCUAGCAAUGUCAACUUUUCAACAGGAGACGUCGCACCUGUCAGACGAGUACCACCACCAGUACAAUAACAUGUCACAAGCCGAGAGUUCGGGCGAGAGUAACCUUCAGCAUCCCGAUGGAAACAGUAGGAGAAAGGUCUCUCACGAAAUGCAGAAGCCCGGGCCCGAGCCGCCCGCGGCGGCGGCCGCGCCCCCUCCACUGCGACCUUUAGUGAAAGUACUGGCAUGCUUUGCAGCCAUUGGAGGCUUUCUUUUUGGAUAUGACACAGGGGUUGUGUCAGGAGCUAUGAUUCUUUUGAAAAAAGAAUUUGGUUUAAACACAAUAUGGCAAGAAAUGAUCGUGAGUGUGACAAUUGGAGCUGCUGCAUUAUCUGCUCUCUUUGGAGGAAUAUUUAAUGAAAAAUUAGGCAGACGAAAAGUGAUUUUGAUUGCCAGUACUGUCUUCACUGCCGGAGCACUUAUGAUGGGACUUACACCAAAUAAGGAGCUGCUGCUUGCUGGCAGGCUUGUCGUUGGUAUUGGUGUAGGUCUGGCAUCAAUGACAGUUCCAAUGUACAUUGCUGAAGUAGCCCCAGUCCACGCAAGAGGGAGAUUGGUUACCCUUAAUAAUCUCUUCAUCACCGGAGGUCAGUUUGUAGCUUCUGUGGUAGAUGGAGCUUUCUCUUACUGGCCAUGGGGAUGGAGGGCAAUGUUAGGUUUGGCUGGAGUACCAUCUGCGAUUCAAUUAAUCGGUUUCAUCUUUCUUCCUGAGUCUCCUCGUUGGUUGAUUGAUCAUGGGCAGCUUGAAAAGGCUAAGAAGGUACUUAUCAGGACAAGUGGCGUGGAACAUUGGGAAUAUCAGUAUCAGCAAAUAGUCCAAGAUGCAGAGAAUACAAAAAGAGAUUAUGGGGAUGGUUCAAUCUUUGUAAGGAUUUUCAGGACACCUCCUGUGCUGAGAGCCCUUUUUGUAGGGUGUGGUCUUCAAAUGUUCCAGCAGCUAGCCGGUAUCAAUACCAUUAUGUAUUACAGUGCAACGAUAAUCCGAAUGUCUGGGGUGAAGGAUGAUUCCACAGUCAUUUGGCUGUCAGCAGUAGUAGCAUUUGUCAACUUCAUUUUCACUCUGGCUGGUGUGUACCUCGUUGAAAAGGUUGGGAGGAGAGUUCUCACUCUCAGUAGCUUUACAGGUGUUGCAGUAUCGGUUCUUUUUCUUGCUGUGGCUUUCCUUCUGAUUGCUGAGAGUUCUCCAGACAUUGAUGUCCAUUCCACUGAUAAAUGCUCUAUCUACAGCACCUGUGAUGCUUGUAUUCUCACAGACGACUGUGGAUUCUGCUUCCAGACCUUGAAUAAGACAAUCUACAAUGGGACUUGUUUGGUUGCCGAUAUACUCCAUGGAAACCAAUCAUUGAAUGGUCCUUGUUCUCAGACUCAUCUCUUAAAGCAUGAGAGUGAGUGGGCAUAUGAUUACUGCCCGUCACCGUAUGCAUUUCUGUCGUUCAUCGGACUCAUACUUUACCUCAUUUUUUUUGCGCCAGGUAUGGGUCCAAUGCCAUGGACCAUCAACUCAGAGAUCUACCCUCAGUGGGCCCGGAGUACUGGCAACGCUGUAGCUUCCACCGUCAAUUGGUCUUUCAACCUCCUUAUUGCAAUGACAUUCCUUAGCCUUACAGAGCUCAUUACUCGACAAGGUGCCUUCUUUUUGUACUUUGGAAUCUGUGUGGUCGGUAUCAUCUUCAUCGCCCUCUUCCUACCAGAGACAAAAGGCACACGUCUUGAAGACAUACAGGAGCUGUUUGAGAAACCACUCUGCUGUGGGCCAUCCAGUCUGCGUAAAGCUAACAUCACUGAUGCUCAUGAAUCAGAAUCGUCCAGGCCUUUACUCAGCAGUGAUGUGGAAUACAAGUGAAGAAGUUGACCAUCAUCAUGUCAGCAAUAUAUUUUCAGGGAUUUUGAUGAAUGUCACGUUAGCUUUUGUGAGAUCUCGAGAUGAAACUAAAAAUCAAAAUUGUAAUUAUGGUUUUAAUUCAAAGCUUUCCAGCAGUACAUGCACCAUAAACAAUUGGGUACCAAGAAAAUUAAUUGUUUGAGGUUUUCUAUUUUUAUUUCCAAAAUCACCUCUAAAAAACUGCCUUCUAUUAUAUCUGGUGAGUGGGUUACUUUUAUAUUUUACUCUCAUUAUUAUUGUUAGAAAAUAUAUAAUUGUUGGAAUAUAUUUGUGAUUGAG